AAUGAUAUUUGGAAAGCAUCUCCAGACCGUUGUGUUGCCAUGACGAGCGAGGAGGAGGAGGGCCCCAGCGUUGCAACAACAACGGCACCCUCGGCGACAGCAAUCUCCAGGGUAACAACAGCCGUAGCCGGGGGCGACAGCGAUGACGCCGUCACGUCCUCCUCCCCCCGCGGCCCUUCCCCGUACCCCCUCCCAUGUCCCCAGGAAACGGAGGAGAAAGAGGAGGAAAUAGAGGAGGAAGGGAUUAUUCUAGAAGAAGAAAGGAUUGAGGAGGAGGAGGAGGAGGUUGUGGAGUGUGAUGAAGAUGACGCCAGCAGUGACACCAGUGUGUUGGUAGUGCCCUACCCCGAGCUGGUACCGGUGGUUUUCUUCUGCCUCAAGCAGACGACCUGCCCUCGCAGCCUGUGCAUCCGCAUGGUCUCCAGCCCGUGGUUCGAGCGAGUCAGCAUGAUGGUGAUCCUGUUGAACUGCGUGACGCUGGGAAUGUACCAACCCUGUGAGAACAUCGACUGCUCCUCAGACCGCUGCCAGAUCCUUCAGGCCUUCGACGCAUUCAUCUACAUCUUCUUCGCGAUGGAGAUGGUUAUAAAGAUGGUCGCCCUGGGGAUCUUCGGUCGCCGCUCUUACCUCGGGGACACGUGGAAUCGCCUGGAUUUCUUCAUCGUCAUGGCAGGGAUUGUUGAAUACUCGCUGGAUCUACAGAACGUCAACUUCACGGCUAUCAGGACAGUGAGAGUACUACGACCCCUCAAAGCCAUUAACAGGGUGCCAAGUAUGCGCAUCCUGGUCAACCUGCUGCUGGACACUCUGCCCAUGCUGGGGAACGUCCUCCUGCUCUGCUUCUUCGUCUUCUUCAUCUUCGGCAUCAUCGGCGUGCAGCUGUGGGCGGGGCUUCUGAGGAACCGCUGCUACCUGAAGGAGAACUUCACGCUCACCACGGGCAUCAAUGUGCCUCGACCCUACUACAUGGCUGACGAGGAUGACGAGCGGCCCUUCAUCUGCUCCCUGCCGGUGGACAACGGCAUCAUGUCCUGCGCGGACGUGCCCGCCCGCCGAGAGGGGGGGCGGCCGUGCUGCCUGGACAAGGACGACGCCCUGUACCGCCAGUCGCUGGGCCUGAGCCCCGAGCCGCUGGCCAAUGGCAGCGUGAGUGUGGCCGGGCUGUGCGUCAACUGGAACCGGUACUACACCAGGUGUCACACGGGACACAGCAACCCCCACAAGGGAGCCAUCAACUUCGACAACAUCGCCUACGCUUGGAUCGUCAUCUUUCAGGUGAUCACUCUGGAGGGCUGGGUGGAGAUCAUGUACUACGUGAUGGACGCACACUCCUUCUACAACUUCAUCUACUUCAUCCUGCUCAUCAUCAUCGGUUCCUUCUUCAUGAUCAACCUGUGCCUGGUGGUCAUCGCCACCCAGUUCUCAGAGACCAAGCAGCGGGAGCACCAGCUGAUGCAGGAGCAGAGGGCCCGGUGCUCCUCCUCCUCCACGCUCGCCAGUGAGCCCGGGGACUGCUACGAGGCGCUCUUCCAGCUGGUCUGCCACUGCAUCCGAAAGGCCCGGAGACAGACCGUGGCGCUCAUCAACACGCUGCGGGGGAAACCUCGCGGCUUCCGGGGCGUCGGGAGAGGUAGGGGAGGAGGAGGAGGGAGGGAGAGGAAGGCCAAUGGAAGAGGAGGACGUGAGAGGAGAGCAGUGCUGCGUCACGGUCCUCCCUGUCCUCACCGUAACAAACCUGACCACGCCCCCCCCGGUCCCCCCAUGGCCCUCGCCGCGGCCUCGGCCUCUGACGGCUGCCAUCGCUGCGCCGCGGCCCUGGCGCUCACCGACGGCGUGGGACCCGUUCGCAGUGCGACCAGCGGCGAGUCAGAGGAGGGCGCUGUGGAGGAGACGGACAGGGAGGGGGGGCAGGCGGGCGGGAACGAGAAGGACAAGAAGGACGAGGACGGGUCGAGGGGUCGCGGCCGCUGUAACCCGAAGGAUCUGUGGUGCGACACCAGGAUGAAGCUGUGGGGCAUCGUGGAGAGCAAGUACUUCAACCGGGGCAUCAUGAUCGCCAUCCUGAUCAACACCAUCAGCAUGGGCAUCGAACACCACGAGCAGCCGGACGAGCUCACCAACGUCCUGGAGAUCUGCAACAUCGUCUUCACCAGCAUGUUCUCCCUGGAGAUGAUCCUCAAACUCACGGCCUUCGGUUCUUUCAGCUACUUGAGGAACCCCUACAAUGUGUUUGAUGGAGUCAUCGUCAUCAUAAGUGUGUGUGAGAUCGUGGGCCAGUCGGACGGCGGCCUGUCCGUGCUGCGGACCUUCAGGCUGCUGAGGGUCCUGAAGCUGGUGAGGUUCAUGCCGGCGCUGAGGAGACAGCUCGUGGUCCUGAUGAAGACCAUGGACAACGUGGCCACCUUCUGCAUGCUGCUCAUGCUCUUCAUCUUCAUCUUCAGUAUCUUGGGGAUGCACAUCUUCGGCUGUAAGUUCAGUCUUAAGACAGAGACGGGUGAUACUGUUCCAGACAGGAAGAACUUUGACUCCCUCCUUUGGGCCAUCGUCACUGUUUUCCAGAUCCUGACCCAGGAGGACUGGAAUGUGGUUUUGUAUAACGGCAUGGCAGCGACCUCGCCGCUCGCAGCUCUUUACUUCGUGGCCCUCAUGACCUUCGGGAACUACGUCCUCUUCAACCUGCUGGUGGCCAUCUUGGUUGAGGGCUUUCAGGCAGAGGGUGACGCCAAUCGUUCUUACUCGGACGACGACCGCUCGUCCUCCAACUUUGACGAGAGCGAGAGACACGACUCCAUUAAGUUGUCUGACCCGAGGAUCUGCACCUUGACGCCCAACGGCCACCUGGAGCUGGGCGCCCUCUCGGGACCCCGAGGGUCCUACUCCUCAGAGAGGCGGAGCUUCACCAUCGAGUCCAGGAAGAGCAGCGUGAUGAGCCUGGGCAAGAGCAGCCUGGAGAGACGCUCCCUCUCUCUGCGCCACGGCCGCAGUCCCAACUACCACAACUGGGGGCGCCCUUUCGCUCCGCAGUCAGCGUGGAGCCGCAGAUCCAGCUCCAACAGUCUGGGUCGGAGGAGCUACAGGUUCGGAGGAGCUCCUCUGGUCGGAGGCAGCCUCCGUCUGCACAGCACCCGCUCCCCCCACUCCUACACCUGUGCCGCCGAGCAGGAGUCGCUCCUCUCCCACCCCCCCCACUCCCACCAUCCUCCACACCCGCAUCAUCCGCCUCCCCUGUUCCUGUCCAGACACUUUUCUGCAAAGACGGAUCGCCGGGCUCUGUCCCUGGAGCUGCCUGAGCUGCUUCAGGCGGUUGGUCAGCCCCCAGGCCUGCCCCCCGUCCACCCGGACCCCGGGCGGAGGAGCGGGUCCGGGGCGGGGGGCUCCAUCACAGGAGGGUCUGGAGCCGGCUCUGGUUACGGAACGGAACACCGAGACUGUAACGGCAAGACUCCGGGUCUCCACACCCAGCUGAUGACUGAGGUCUACCCUCAAGUCAACGCUCGGAAAGACAGAACCGACCUGGAUGAGGAGAUAGACUAUAGUAUUUGUUUCCGUGUCCAGAAGAUGAUGGAGAUCUAUAAACCGGACUGGUGUGAAACCAGAGAGGAGUGGUCCGUCUACAUGUUCUCCCCCCAGAACAAGUUCAGGUCGCUCUGUCAGUCCAUCAUCGCCCAUAAGCUCUUCGACUACAUCGUCCUGGCCUUCAUCUUCCUCAACUGCAUCACGGUGGCUCUGGAGCGGCCGAGGAUCCUGCAGGGCAGCCUGGAACGACUGUUUCUCACCGUUUCCAACUACGUCUUCACCGCCAUUUUUGUCACAGAGAUGACUGUCAAGGUGGUGUCCAUGGGUCUGUACCUGGGGGAGUCGGCCUAUCUCAGGAGCAGCUGGAACAUCCUGGACGGUUUCCUGGUCUUCGUCUCUCUGAUUGACAUCGUGGUGUCCAUGGCGGGCGGCGCCAAGAUCCUCGGCGUGCUGCGCGUCCUCAGGCUGCUCAGGACACUGCGUCCUCUCAGGGUGAUCAGCCGGGCUCCAGGCCUGAAGCUGGUCGUCGAGACCCUCAUCACGUCCCUGAAGCCCAUCGGCAACAUCGUCCUCAUCUGCUGCGCCUUCUUCAUCAUCUUUGGCAUCCUCGGCGUUCAGCUCUUCAAAGGGAAGUUCUUCUACUGUGUGGGCUUCGACGUCAAGAACAUCACCAACAAAUCCGACUGUCUGGCUGCCAACUAUCGAUGGAUCCACCACAAAUACAACUUCGACAACCUCGGACAGGCUCUCAUGUCCCUGUUUGUUCUGGCCUCCAAAGACGGGUGGGUCAACAUCAUGUACCACGGCCUGGACGCGGUGGGAAUUGACCAGCAGCCGCUGACCAACAGCAAUCCCUGGAUGCUGCUCUACUUCAUCUCCUUCCUCCUGAUCGUCAGCUUCUUCGUCCUCAACAUGUUUGUGGGCGUGGUGGUGGAGAACUUCCACAAGUGUCGGCAGAACCAGGAGGUGGAGGAGGCCAAGCGCCGCGAGGAGAAACGCCAGCGCCGCAUGGAGAAGAAGAGGAGAAAGGCCCAGAAGCUGCCGUACUACGCCUCGUACGGCCGCACCCGCCUGACGAUCCACACCCUGUGCACCAGCCACUACCUGGACCUGGUCAUCACCUUCAUCAUCUGCAUCAAUGUCAUCACCAUGUCCCUGGAGCACUACAGCCAGCCGCAGUCUCUGGAGACCACGCUGAAGUACUGCAACUACUUCUUCACCUCCACCUUCGUGAUCGAGGCCACUCUGAAGCUGGUGGCCUUCGGCUUCCGACGCUUCUUCAAGGACAGAUGGAACCAGUUGGACCUGGCCAUUGUGCUGCUCUCGGUGAUGGGCAUCAUCCUGGAGGAGAUUGAGAUCAAUGCCUCCCUGCCAAUCAACCCCACCAUCAUCAGGAUCAUGAGGGUGCUCAGGAUAGCACGAGUGUUGAAGUUGUUGAAAAUGGCAACAGGGAUGAGAGCUCUGCUUGAUACGGUGGUCCAGGCUCUUCCUCAGGUGGGGAAUCUGGGUCUGCUCUUCAUGCUGCUGUUCUUCAUCUACGCUGCUCUGGGAGUGGAGCUGUUCGGAGAACUGGUGUGUAACGCCGACUACCCCUGCGAGGGAAUGAGCCGCCACGCCACCUUUGAAAACUUCGGCAUGGCCUUCCUCACUCUCUUCCAGGUUUCCACCGGGGACAACUGGAACGGCAUCAUGAAGGACACGCUGAGGGAAUGCCCCCCCGGCCGUCCGAGCAGCGACUACGGCUGCCACGCCGGCCUGCAGUUCAUCUCUCCCAUGUACUUCGUGUCCUUCGUGCUCACGGCUCAGUUCGUCCUGAUUAACGUCGUGGUGGCCGUGCUCAUGAAGCACCUGGACGACUCCAACAAGGAGGCGCAGGAGGACGCCGAGAUGGACGCCGAGAUCGAGCUGGAGCUGGCUCAGGGAGGCCUCUGCUGCAUGAUGGGAGGCCUCGGGGCCAUCGCCGGGGCAACGGGCGGCGCCGCCAGCGGGGCGAGCGGCGGCGGAGGCGUGACCGGCGCCAUCACGGCCGGGACGGCUGCAGGGCCGAGCGGUGUAGGGGUGGCACCGCUGCGAGAUGGAGGAGGAGGAGGAGGAGGAGGAGGAGGAGGAGGAGGAGGAGGAGGAGGAGGAGGAGGAGGAGGAGGAGGAGGAGGAGGAGGCUGUGCAGCUCACGAGGGACACACCCACCAUCGAGGUCGGCUCUACUCUCCGGCUCAGGAGAGCCAGUGGCUGGACAGUGUGUCUCUGCUGAUUAAGGACUCGCUGGAAGGAGACAUGAUUGACAACCUCUCCGGCUCAGUUUUCCACCACUACUGCUCCACCCCCAUCUGCAAGGACUGCAGGAGUCACCCGCAAGAGGUCCGACUGGCUGAGGUGGAGCAGGCGUCUCUCAGGUCGGAGCAGCUGUCAGACAAGUCAUCGUCUCCGGCGCUGCCCGAUGACCUCAGCCUCGACGAACACAGCGUCUACCAGCUGCUGGUCCGGGACAGACAGAUGGGCAGCAGUGACUCCCACAGUUCAGAGGAGUGCCCCCCCCAGGUGGGCUACACAGGGCUUCGUCCGUCCAGCUCAGGAAGCGAGGAGGGGACGCAGGAGUUGUUGGAGGUGGGCGUCCAACCGAGGACAAAUCCUCCUUCACUGGAGCAGCAAAGCCCGGCGCACUUCACAGGUAACAGAGACGGUGAUGGAGAAAGUUGCAGCGGAGGUGGUGGUGGGUCGUCGCCCGUCUUCCACUUACCAGCAGACUUCUUCCACCCGGCUGCCGCGGCUCACCCUGGCAGCCCUGGGAACAGUGUCGGUCCCGGAGACAGGGGGGGGGCCAUGUUGGCCUCUCCAGCCUCCUGGGCGUCCCUCCGCUCCCCCGGAGCCCACAGCAGGCCCCUGAGCUCUCAGCACCCGUCCCGCAGCGACUCGUCCCUGGCCACGGGCAGUUCGGAGGGCAGCCUGCAGACCACCCUGGAGGAGGGUCUCAGCUUCAGCGUCUCCCCGCCUCGGGACCUGGAUCUCCGCCUGCCUCUCCCCUGCCCUCCUCCGAGCCACCACUUACAUCCACAGGUACCAGACACAGGCGACCAGGGCGACCCUGUGCUAAAGAGACGCAGCACGACUCUGACCCUCAAGGCCACCAGGGGGCACCAGAGGAGCCAGAGCAGCUGCGGCGGUGGCAGCACCAGCCCCGGCUGUCCCCGGCAGGACUCCAUCGACCCGUCGGAUGAGGACGCGGGCACGGGGACAGGCGGAGACGGCUGCCGUCAGACCUGUAGCAGCGAACACUUGUCCGAGACACUGAACAGCCUCUCGCUGACGUCGCUGCUCACCACCGGCUCUCUGGCUCCCCCGCUGGUGAAGAAAUGUAACAGCACGGGCUCGCUGGACCAAACCAAUCUAUCCGCGCGGAGUAAAGACGGACGCCACGUCUACGGCAUAGAUGCCCACGGUUACUUGUCCAACCCCUGGACAGAAGGAAGGGCGAGAGGUGACGGUGAGAACAGUGACAUCACAGGCUUCAGCGAGGAAAGCAGCCGGCGCCCCUCAGACACAACCUCCAGGAGGAAUAGAUGA